AUGGCACAGAUUCCAAACCUCGAUAACGCCGCGCUCAAUCUUACUGCCCUGAGGGAGCAGUCACAGAAGGAACUUCUCAGCAUAAUCAAGAGUAUUAGGGGGAAGAAGUGUCUGGUCAUUGAUCCGAAGCUUGCGGGUACCCUCUCGCUGAUCCUGCAGACCUCGGUGCUAAAGGAAUAUGGCACGGAGCUGCGGAUCCUCUCUGCUGACCCUCUUCAGACGGAAUGCCCCAAAGUGGUGUAUCUUGUUCGCUCCCAGCUGAACUUCAUGAAAUUUGUGGCUAAUCAAAUUAAGAAUGACGAAUCCAAAGGGCUCCAGAGGGAAUACCACCUCUAUUUUGUACCACGCCGUAUAGUUGCCUGUGAGAAGAUUCUGGAGGAAGAGAAAGUUCAUCAAAAGUUGACAAUCGGAGAGUAUCCCUUGUAUCUAGUUCCUUUGGACGAGGAUGUCCUUUCUUUGGAGCUUGACUAUUCCUUGCAGGAAUGCCUUAUUGAAGGAGAUACAAGUUCUGUCUGGCAUGUUGCAAAAGCUAUCCAUAAGUUAGAGUUUGCCUUCGGGGUUAUCCCCAAUAUUAGAGCCAAGGGUGUAGCAUCAACCAAAGCUGCAGAAUUGCUGAACCAUAUGCAACUCGAAGACCCGGUCAGCAUGGAUAAUAUGGGGAUUCCAGAGAUAGACACCGUUAUUUUGCUAGAUAGAGAGGUGGAUAUGGUGACACCAAUGUGCUCUCAGCUAACGUAUGAAGGUCUAUUAGACGAGAUGUUGGAAAUUCAUAAUGGAUCUGUGGAAGUUGACGCCAGCAUUAUGGGUGCUCAACAAGAUGGAAAAAAGGUCAAGGUUCCACUCAAUUCAAGUGAUAAGUUGUACAAGGAGAUUCGAGACCUCAACUUGCAUGUUGUAGUUCAGGUCGUCCGCCAAAAGGCAACGUCUAUUCAGCAAGAUUAUGCAGAAGUAAAAUCAACGAAUACACAGUCGGUUUCUGAGCUGAAGGAUUUUGUGAAGAGGUUACACUCGCUACCGGAGAUAGCUAGGCAUGUUAACUUGGCACAACAUUUGCAAUCAUUUGCGGCAAAACCCGCAUUUCAUGCCCGAGUAGAGAUUGAGCAAAUAAUACUGGAGGCGCAGACCUAUGAAACGUGUUACGAGUACAUUGAGGAGAUUAUACAGAAGCAAGAGCCUAUUGAAACUGUACUUCGCCUUCUAGUGUUAUUUUCCCUUACAAAUGCUGGGUUGCCGAAGAAGAAUUUUGACUACUUGAGGCGGGAAAUACUGCACAGUUAUGGCUUUGAGCAUAUGCCCUUGUUAUACAAUCUGGAAAAAGCUGGCCUUGUUAAAAGGCAGGAAUCGAGGACUAAUUGGCCUGUUAUUAGUAGAGCUCUCCAGCUUAUAGUUGAUAUAAAGGAUCCUGAAAACCCUGAUGAUAUAGCAUACAUCUUUGCUGGAUAUGCACCUCUUAGUAUUCGCCUGGUUCAGCAUGCAGUGAGGUCUGGAUGGCGAUCUAUUGAAGAACUGUUGAAAUUAUUGCCAGGUCCUCAUAUGGAUUUGAAAAGAGGUGUCUCGACCAUUAGUUCAUCAGAAUUACUACCAGGUUCCGGGUCACAACAGAGUACCGACAGGGUUGGUCAUCGCUCCCUGGUUCUGGUUGUAUUUAUUGGUGGUGUAACAUCUGCUGAGAUUGCUGCGCUUCGAUUUCUUAGUGCACAGGAAGGAAUGGGCUAUGACUUCCUGGUUGCAACAACAAAGGUUAUCACUGGCAACACAUUACUGAGACCAAUUAUAGCCAGCAGCAAAGAGGGAAUGAUUUAG